GUGUGAGGGGUCUGCGUGUGACGAGAUGGAAUUGCCAGGGCGUUUUUGGAGCGUGUGUACAGUUUACACUAGUUGCUAAGAAUCUGGAGGAAGAAAUUUGUAUUCUUUAUUAUUCUGAAGAAGGAAGAAAGGGUAAAGUAGAUCGCAUAUGUACUUUCAGCCACCAUAGCGCCGUACAAACAAUGGCCGACAAUAGCCUACUCACAUCCACUUCUGGGAGGACUAGCUUGGUGGACUCUUCCAUUUUUGAUUCUAAAGUUGCUGAAACUUCAAAGGAAAACUUAUUUGUUGGAUCUACUUCAUAUGUUGAAGAGGAAAUGCCUCAGAUUGAAACCAGGGUGAUAUUGGUUCAAGAAGCUGGAAAACAAGAAGAACUUUUGAAAGCCUUAAAGUCUCUUUCCCACACUAUUAAAAUAAUGGAAGUCCCUGUUAUAAAGAUUAAAGAAAGUUGUCCUGGAAAAUUGAAUGAAAAGUUAAUAAAAACUAUUAAUAAUAUGGAAAUUAAAGUGCCUUUUGUAAAGAUGGAAUCAAUUGAAGAAUUUGAAGAUUUGGAUUCUCCAGAAUUUGAAAAUAUAUUUGUAGUCACGGACUUCCAAGAUUCUGUCUUUAAUGACUUACACAAGACUGAUUGUAGAAUUAUUGGGCCACCGGUUGUAUUAAACUGUGCACAAAAAGGGGAGCCUUUGCCUUGCUCCUGUCGCCCACUGUACUAUACAAGUAUGAUGAAUCUGGUGUCGUGCUUUACUGGAUUCAGGAAGAAAGAAGAGCUAGUCAGAUUGGUGACAUUGGUCCAUCACAUGGGUGGAGUUAUUCGAAAUGACUUUAAUUCAAAAGUUACACAUUUUGUGGCAAAUUGUACACAAGGAGAAAAAUUUAGGGUUGUUCUGAGCCUGGGUACUCCAAUUAUGAAGACAGAAUGGAUUUAUAAAGCUUGGGAAAGGCAGAAUGAACAGGAUUUCUGUGCAACAAUUGACUUUAGAAAUGAAUUUAAAGUUCCUCCAUUUCAAGAUUGCAUUUUGAGUUUCCUGGGGUUUUCAGAUGAAGAAAAAGCCAAUAUAGAAGAGAUAACUGAAAUGCAAGGAGGUAAAUAUUUGGCAGUUGGAGAUGAAAGAUGUACUCACCUUUUUGUUGAAGAGAAUAUAGUAAAAGAACUUCCAUUUGAACCUUCGAAGAAACUUUAUGUUGUCAAGCAAGAGCAGUUCUGGGGAAGCAUUCAAAUGGAUGCCUGAGCUAGAGAAACUAUGUAUUUGUACGAAAAGGCUAAUACUGCUGAGCUCAAGAAGUCAGUGUCACUACUGUCUCUAAGUACGCCAAAUAGCAAUCGCAAAAGACGACGUUUAAAAGAGACACUUGCUCAUCUUUCAAGAGAGACAGAUUUAUCACCUUUCCCUCCCCGUAAACGGCCAUCAGCUGAACAUUCCCUUUCUAUAGGAUCUCUGGAUAUCUCUAAUACACCAGACUCUAGCAUUAACUAUGGAGAAACACCAAAAUCUUGUACUAAGUCUUCUAAAAAUUCCACUCCAAUUCCUUUAAAGCAGUCAGCCUGGUGGCAAGUGGCAAAAAAGCUCUAUCAGACUGAAAGUAAUUAUGUAAAUAUAUUGGCGACAAUUAUUCAGUUAUUUCAAGUACCAUUGGAAGAGGAAGGACAAUGUGAUGAGCCUAUCCUUGCACCAGAAGAGAUUAAGACAAUAUUUGGCAGUAUCCCAGAUAUCUUUGAUGUACACACUAAGAUAAAGGAUGAUCUUGAAGACCUUAUUGUUAAUUGGGAUGAAAGCAAAAGCAUUGGUGACAUCUUUCUUAAAUAUUCAAAAGAUUUGGUAAAAACCUACCCUCCCUUUGUAAACUUCUUUGAAAUGAGCAAGGAAACAAUUAUUAAAUGUGAAAAACAGAAACCAAGAUUUCAUGCUUUUCUCAAGAUAAACCAAGCUAAACCAGAGUGUGGACGGCAAAGCCUUGUUGAACUUCUCAUCCGACCUGUGCAGAGGUUACCGAGUGUUGCAUUACUAUUAAAUGAUCUUAAGAAACAUACAGCUGAUGAAAAUCCGGACAAAAGCACUUUAGAGAAAGCUAUUGGGUCACUAAAGGAAGUAAUGAUGCAUAUUAAUGAGGAUAAAAGGAAAACAGAGGCUCAAAAGCAAAUUUUUGAUGUUGUUUAUGAAGUAGAUGGAUGCCCAGCUAAUCUUUUAUCUUCUCACCAAAGCUUAGUACAGAGAGUUGAAACGAUUUCCCUAGGUGAGCACCCCUGUGACAGAGGAGAACAAGUAACUCUCUUCCUCUUCAAUGACUGCCUGGAGAUAGAAAGAAAACUACACAAGGUUAUUGGCACUUUUAGGAGUCCUCAUGGGCAUACUCAACCCCCGGCUUCUCUUAAGCAUAUUCAUCUAAUGCCUCUUUCUCAGAUUAAGAAGGUGCUGGACCUAAGAGAGACAAAAGAUUGCCAUAAUGCUUUUUCCUUGCUUAUGAGGCCACCAAGAGAGCAUGCGAAUGUCCUGCUCAGUUUCCAGAUGACAUCAGAUGACCUGCCAAAAGAAAACUGGCUAAAGAUGCUGUGUCGACAUGUAGCCAACACCAUUUGUAAAGCGGAUGCUGAGAAUCUUAUGUAUACUGUGGAUCCAGAUUCCUUUGAAGUAAAUACAAAAGAUAUGGACAGUACAUUGAGUAGAGCAUCUAGAGCAAUAAAAAAGACUUCCAAAAAGGUUACCAGAGCAUUCUCUUUCUCUAAAACUCCAAAAAGAGCUUUCCAAAUGGCUCUUAUGACAUCCUACAACUCAGCAGAGGGAAGAAGCCCUACCAGCAGUGAUAAGCAUGUAGUGAGUCGUCUGUCUAGCACAUCAUCAUUAGCAGGUAUCCCAUCUCCUUCCCUUGUCAGCCUUCUUUCCUUCUUUGAGAGGAGAAGUCAUACCUUAAGCAGAUCUACAACUCAUUUGAUAUGAAGCUUUAAGAAUCUUAAAUUACAGAAAUGUAUUAACAUUUCAUACUCGAAAGAGAAACUGACUUAAAUGGUACUUGUAAUUAGCACUUGGGGAAAGCUGGAGAGAAGACAUUUAACACUAAAGUGUACAUUUAAUUUUCCUCU